AGUAAUAACCCCGAGACAUUAGAUGGCGGUAUUUUCUUUUGCGAACAUUUUGCAAGUUCAUUCUGCACAGUCCCGGACCAGCGGAAUCCGGCCGCUGUCGGUCGUUUGGUUUGAAAUGGAAAACUAUCAUGAGGAAAAUGUCAAAAUCGCGUUCGGAGCCAGGUCCCUGGAUGCGGUGCUGAGUAUCCCCGGGCAGAGCGCCGCCAGGCGGGCCGCGCUGGUACUGACGCACGGGGCUGGCGGAGACAUGAACGUCAAGCAUCUGGUCUCUCUGGCCGAGGUCGCUGCCGCCGCCGGUCUGCUGUGCCUGCGAUUCACAUGCAAAGGGCUCAAUCUCAUCUACAGGGUGAAAGCCUACGCAGCGGUCAUGGAAUAUCUGAGAAAUCAGGAGAAGUUCACUCUAACGAGUAUAUUUGUUGGUGGCCGUUCGAUGGGGGCUCGUGCCGCAGCAUGCCUGACCAAUCAGCUGAGCGCAGGGGUGGGUGACGUUCCGCGCGGCCUGGUUUGCCUGUCCUUCCCGCUGCACCCUCCAGGCCAGACGCACGCGCACCGACAACGCAGCGAGGACCUUCGCAGUCUGGCAGGGGUCCCCGUGCUGUUUGUGUCCGGCACUGCCGACAACAUGUGUCAGCGGAGUCUCCUGGAGGACGUGACCAUGCGGAUGAAGAGCCCAGCUACGGUCCAGUGGAUCGAGGGAGGCAGCCACGGGCUGGCGGUGAAGGGGCGGGCGGAGGACGAGGUGCUGGCCCAGGUGAACUCCUGCGUUGUGACCUGGAUCUUGGAGCAUGUUGGCCGUGCUGCCGCCCCCUGACUGCAUGCGAGUCAAGCCUGCAGUGUAGUUAAUGCGUAUAUUCCUGUUCAGGUAAUUUAUAAAUAGACAAACCUUAAAAAUGCUUGUGGUGACCCCGAUUUUAAAUAAAUAAAUAGUCCUUAAAAGCCUUAAAUAAAUCCUUUAUUUGCCA